AUGGAACACUGGGACCUGUCUAUGCAGCUCUUCAACGCCCGGGUUCGGUCCCCCGUGCGUGAGUGGAACAGCACUCUGCACAGCAAUGCGGGCUUACAGUCGGGGGUUCGACAUGAGGUGCUUCAAUGGGCUCACAAUAGCCCGGCCGUUCACCGUUUGGUAGCAGCAGAUAUGCUGUUGUAUACCUUUGCGUUGUCCGUUUUCAAGCAUCAGACGACGGAAGCACUCGGUACAAACUGGGUCGAGAUGCUAGGACGUGACGUCAUGCUAGAUUUGGCCUUUAUGCCGAGGCAUGUGCCCUUCUGA